AUACUAUUAUCUUCUAGCUUUAUUAGAAAUGGAAAAGAUGGUCAUCAUUACACUGAUCUGUUUCGAUAUUGAUUUGGUUUCAAUAAUUGUCAAGAGUGUACAUUGAUUCAGACGGAAAUUAUACUCAGAGACUAGACUGUAUAACCAUGGAGCAUAUUAGUUUGGAGAAUGAAGCGAGAAGACUGCGUGAGCUCUUCAAAGGAAGAUUUAACCAACGAGACGCCAUACUGUUAGUUACACAUCACGGAGAGAACGCAGCCAAUUAUGUGUUACAAGAAAGUCCAGAAAAUGUUGCUAAAUUUCUUGAAAAGGACCGCACUGUCAGGUUUUCAGAAGAGGAAGUUGCCAGAGUGAAUCGUCUGCUUAUUGAAGGACUGGAGUCGGAAUCUAAACCUCGUCUUUUUGCUUGUCGGAAGUGUGAAAAAUGUUGGUGGAAAAGAGUUCCAACUAGAAAACAGGUAUCAAGAUGUUUCCAAUGUUCCAAGAAAUACGAUCCAGUGCCAGAAGAGGAUGAGUGGGGGCUUGGGGAAUUCGAAUGCCACUUCUGCGGUUACUUCUUUCGCUCAACGGCUAUUAUGAAUAUAACUGAGUGUGUAUGCCAUAAGUGUAAUCAUACUGUUAAAGUAAGUAGAAUUACUCCUCCCAGCAAAAAACGAAGACAGGUUCCCAAUAGACAGUAUCACCACUGCAAUGGAGAAAACUGUUAUGCUCGGUUGACGCUACCCUCAAAAUGUGAUGGAUGUGCAAACAAUGAAAACAAAGACGUGCCUCACAAUGAUGUAGUUGCCGAACCUGAAGCUGACACUUGCAAAUGUUCUAGGAGACCUGAUCGAAGAGGAGGGCUUCAAAGACCAUUCAAUGACAAUGAAAUGGUUCAAAUUCGUGCUAGCGAGCCACAAGGACCAGGCCACGAGAAACAGACAUAUCAAGAUGGUAAUUUUGUAGGGAUGAAGCUUCCUAACAAAGAGCUGAAGACUCGUCAGAUGCAGCUAGACUCUCAUGAGAUUGGCCUGAAGCUGCAAGAGGUUACGUUGGAAGAACUCCACAUAGACCUCGGAAAGCGGGAAGCUUGUAGGGAAGAACAGGGAAUGAACCGCAAGAAGAAACUGGCUUGCCAGAUACAACCGGCAGGAGAAAUGAAGGAGAAACUGGCUUGCCAGAUACAACCGGCAGAAGAAAUGAAGGAGAAACUGGCUUGCCAGAUACAACCAGCAGGAGAAAUGAAGGAGAAACUGGCUUGCCAGAUACAACCGGCAGGGGAUAUGAAGGAGAAACUGGCUUGCCAGAUACAACCGGCAAGAGAAAUGAAGGAGAAACUGGUUAGCCAAAUACAACCGGCAGGAGAAAUGAAGGAGAAACUGGCUUGCCAGAUACAACCGGCAGAAGAAAUGAAGGAGAAACUGGCUUGCCAGAUACAACCGGCAGGAGAAAUGAAGGAGAAACUGGCUUGCCAGAUACAACCGGCAGGAGAAAUGAAGGAGAAACUGGCUUGCCAGAUACAACCGGCAGGAGAAAUGAAGGAGAAACUGGUUAGCCAGGUAAAACCGAAAGGAGAAAUGAAGAAGAAACUGGUUAGCCAAAUACAACCGGCAGGAGAAGUGAAGGAGAAAUUGGUUAGCCAAAUACAACCGGCAGGAGAAAUGAAGGAGAAACUGGUUGAUCAGGUAAAACGGAAAGGAGAAAUGAAGGAGAAACUGGUUAGCCAGGCAAAACCGAAAGGAGAAAUGAAGAAGAAACUGGUUAGCCAAAUACAACCGGCAGGAGAAAUGAAGGAGAAACUGGUUAGUCAAAUACAACCGGCAGGAGAAAUGAAGGAGAAACUGGUUAGCCAGGUAAAACGGAAAGGAGAAAUGAAGGAGAAACUGGUUAGCCAGGCAAAACCGAAAGGAGAAAUGAAGAAGAAACUGGUUAGCCAAAUACAACCGGCAGGAGAAAUGAAGGAGAAACUGGUUAGUCAAAUACAACCGGCAGGAGGAAUGAAGGAGAAACUGGUUAGCCAGAUACAUCUGAAAGGAAAACGUUUGCUCCAUAAGGACGAAUUAGAGCAUGAUGAGCAAGCGCUGAAACCAAAUGAACCGGUUGUUGAACGACCACUUUGUUACCAUCCGUUUUCUGUUCAAUACUUACCUAAAAAGGCUGUGGUUAGAAAAUUUAGUGAGGAACACGAAAGUAAAGCAUCAACUGUCACAACUUGCUUAGACCAGGGUAGUCUGAAGACCGAGCCUCUUCGUGUUGCUUACACUUUGUAUUCUAAGCAGAAAAAACAUAAACAUUAGUUGAAUCACAGGCAGUUCUCAAUCUUGUUCUUUCUCUCCAUCUCUUCUUCUCGCUUUCUCUUUCUCUUCUUUUUAUCUUCCCUUUAUCUCACUUUCUUUCUCUUCUCUAAUCUAAGUUCUCCUUUCAGAUUUUGAAAUCUAUUGUGGAUGAUGUUACUAAUGUCGGGUACCCAUUAUAGACGCGCAGUUCUGGAAUCCCCAAAAUAAAAAAAAAUCCCAGUCUUCACCAGCAUUCGAACCCGGGACAUCCGGUUCGGAAGCCAAGCGCUUUACCACUCAAUCACCUAGCUAACAAUUAAUCGCUAUUAUGAAAUGAAACUGUAUAUGCAUCUAAAUUUCAAAAUUUCUUGUAUAGUCAUGUUUUGGUUUAAUAGUUAUAAAUAUUUGAUAAUGACAUGUUAUAAUUUUGAUGUAUUCUCCUUACAAUGGAAACAAUUAUCACAUGUUUUAAAAUAGUAUUCUUUUAAAUAUAACGAACAAUCCAUCGUGACUUAAUGUAAUUUAUGAUAAUCUGUUUGAUUGUCCCCACUUUCAUUUGAAAUGAGAUCAUUUUUUAAUGCAACUUUAUUGUUUCAAUAUGAUAGUUGUGAUUAAUGUCAGUUCUUUAUUAAAUUUUUUUACAUAAUA